UCAUCUCACUUCUCAUGUCAUCCCUUGACUCACUUUUAUUUCUCACCAAUUUUCUAUCACGAGCCAACAUUGACACCAUUAUCUAUUUAAUUUCUAGUCUCUUCUUCCUCAUUUAUGGGAUAGUCACUAGUGUGGGGUUGUGAAAUAAAAAACACGAACCAAACCUGUUUAAUUUGUGUUGUUCAACAAAAACAUGGAAGGAGGAGUGCCAGAAGCUGAUGUCUCUGCUUUCAGAGAAUGUUUAGCUCUAUCAUGGAAAAAUCCUUAUGUUCUUCGUCUUGCUUUCUCUGCUGGAAUUGGAGGCUUUCUUUUUGGCUAUGACACUGGAGUCAUAUCUGGAGCUCUUUUGUAUAUAAGAGAUGAUUUCAAAGCUGUGGAUAGAGAGACUUGGCUGCAGGAAGCCAUAGUGAGCAUGGCACUUGCUGGAGCAAUCAUAGGAGCCGCAGUUGGAGGAUGGAUUAACGACCGAUUUGGAAGGAAAACAGCAAUUCUCCUUGCAGACACACUCUUUUUCAUUGGAGCGGUUGUGAUGGCAUCUGCUAUGAAUCCAGCUAUUCUCAUUGUUGGUAGAGUUUUUGUUGGACUUGGUGUUGGAAUGGCUUCAAUGGCAUCCCCUUUGUACAUCUCUGAAGCUUCUCCAACCAGAGUUCGUGGAGCACUUGUUAGUCUCAAUGGAUUUCUCAUCACUGGAGGACAGUUCCUUUCCUAUGUCAUCAACUUGGCCUUCACAAGUGCACCAGGAACAUGGAGGUGGAUGUUAGGAGUUGCAGCAGUACCUGCUCUAACACAAAUCAUAUUGAUGCUUAUGCUCCCAGAAUCACCUCGUUGGCUAUUCAGAAAGGGUAAAGAAGAACAGGCCAAAGAAAUUCUAAGGAAGAUUUACCCUCCCCAAGAAGUUGAAGAUGAAAUCAUUGCUUUAAAGGAAUCAGUUGACAUGGAACUCAGGGAAGCUUCAGAUAAAGUCAGCAUAGUCAACCUUUUGAAAACCAAAACUGUGAGGAGAGGUUUAUAUGCAGGAAUGGGAAUUCAAAUCUUCCAGCAGUUUGUGGGAAUCAACACUGUGAUGUACUACAGCCCCACCAUUGUUCAAUUAGCUGGCUUUGCAUCCAAUAGGGUUGCACUUCUUCUAUCACUUGUCAUAGCUGGGUUGAAUGCAUUUGGUUCCAUUUUGAGCAUUUACUUCAUUGAUAAGACUGGGAGGAGGAAGCUUCUGCUGAUAAGUUUGUCUGGUGUUGUGGUCUCCCUUGUUGUUUUAACUGUUGUGUUCCAUCAGACUACAACUCACACUCCAAUGAUCAGCUCCAUUGAAACUUCUCACUUCAAUAACACAUGCCCUGAUUAUAGGGCAGCUUUGAACCCUGGUGAAUGGGAUUGCAUGCAAUGCCUAAAGUCUUCUCCUGAGUGUGGCUUUUGUGCUUCAGCAGAUAAUAAGCUAUUACCUGGGGCAUGCUUGAUUUCCAAUGACACAACAGAAGAUCAGUGCCACAAUGAACACAGGCUAUGGUACACAAGGGGAUGCCCUAGCAAAAAUGGAUGGCUUGCACUAAUUGGCUUGGGACUUUACAUCUUAUUCUUCUCACCAGGAAUGGGAACUGUUCCAUGGGUUAUAAACUCUGAGAUAUAUCCUUUGAGAUACAGAGGAAUCUGUGGAGGAAUGGCAUCUACCUCAAAUUGGGUUUCAAAUCUCAUUGUUGCACAGUCCUUUCUGUCCUUGACAGAAGCUAUAGGGAUUUCAUCCACAUUCAUGAUAUUUAUAUUCAUCACCGUCGCGGCGAUCGUCUUUGUGAUUGUUUUCGUGCCAGAAACCAAAGGACUUCCAAUUGAGGAGGUAGAGAACAUGCUUGAAAGAAGGUCUCUGAACUUCAAGUUUUGGCAAAGAAGUUCUGGCUCUGGUCAAGUAGAUGCACAAAAGACUAUCUCACUUUGAGAGAAAGAGUUGUAUCAUGGCAUUGGUGUGCAAGUAGGAGACUAUGGGAUUGGACAAUAGUAUUAAGAGAGUGACAUGUCACAUGUUAGAUUAUUAUAAUUAUAGGUUUAUUACUCUGUCUUAUGUAAAGAUUUAAAAAUUUCUACUAUUCUAGUCUGUAACUAUUCUAUUUGAUGUCACAUGUUAGUUAUUUGGAACCCGCAUAAUUGCAGUCCCAUUUUGGGCUAUGAGAUGAAAUGUCAGGAAUGGAAAUUAGCACCAAAAAAAAAAGAUUCUUUUUUCAUUCAAUAAAUAUUAGAUUUUUUUUUCUGA